AUGUCAUCAAAUUUGUCAAAUUUAUCUUUUGGUUUUGGAAGUAACAUCUAUAAACAAACAAAUUUUGAAAAAGGAGAAGAAAAUAUUAUAAUAAAAAAGCCAAUGAAAGUCACCAAUGAGGAGGAAGAAAAAAUAAUUACACCAACAGCAUUAGAAAAUCUUAAUAAACCAAAAAGGUUUUUUGGUAAUGAUCUUUACGGUUUAAUAGGUUAUGUUGAUAUUAAUGGAAAUCUUUAUAAAUUGGAUGAUCAUAAAAAAAAAUGCUUUGAUGUUGAUGAUGGUAAUAUUAAUAAUAAAUAUAAUAUUAAUAUCAUUGAUAUUGAUCAAUUUUGGAAUGGUGAUGAAGCAAUUUUUGUAACUGAGGAUGGGAAAUUAUGGAAAUGGAACAUCAAGAAUGAUAAUUUACAAGAAAUAUUAUUACCAUUCUCACCAUCGCCACCUUUAAAUAUUAUAUUCAAGAAAAUUUCUUGUGGUGAAAAUCAUUGUUUAGCAUUAACAAAGCAAGGUGAAGUUUAUAGUUGGGGUGAUGGAAGAUAUGGUCAAUUAGGGCAUGGUGAUUUUAGAUCUUUGAAUAAACCAAAAGUCAUUGAAUUUUUUCAAGGAUUAAAAGUUACUCAAAUUGCAUGUGGAGGUUUACAUUCUGCUGUGAUUACAGAUUCCGGUGACUUGUAUACCUUUGGAUGGAAUAAUCUUGGUAGGUUGGGUGUAAAGUCAAAUACUACUAAUACAUCUAUUCCAUGUAGAUUACUAUUUUAA